AGUUACAGUCAUAGGACACAGAGGAGAGAGAUUUGACAUCAGAUGCCCAUAUGAAUCUGGAUAUGAAUCAAAUCCAAAGUAUUUGUGUAAAGGCGAGUGUAUCUUUGGAAGCAGAAACAUCAUGGUUAAAUCAGGAUCUCCAGCUGAAGACCAGAGAUUCUCUCUGACUGACAACACGACGGCCAGAGUUUUCACCGUCACCAUCACUGAUCUGAGACCUGAGGAUGCAGGACAAUACUGGUGUGGAGUGGAGAGGACUUUCAGUACUGAUGUCUAUUCAGAGAUUUUGUUGCUGGUUAAACAGGAUAAUAAGACCACUGCGAUUUCAACCACCAGCCCUUUUACAGCAACACUGUCAUAUUUCAGCACAACAGAACCACAUCCACAAUCCAGCAGCAUCACAAUCACAGAAAGAAAAGAAACAAUCACAGAUCAGCACAACUCCUCAGCAGGUUCAGUUGUGAUUAUCGUCACU